AUGCUCACCUCUUUCUGCCACUUACCAAGUAUGCUUUGUUGCUUCUACCUUUCCUUCCUUCUUCCUCUUCUUGUUCUUCCCUCUACUAAUUCAAUUUAUUUUGAAAUAUCUCAAUUUGACGAAACCAACGUAAAUUAUCAAGGUGAUGCAGUGUCUUCUGGUGGAAGUAUUGAAUUCAACAUGGUUAAUUAUAUAAACCGUGUUGGUUGGGCAACCUAUCCUGAAAGGGUGCGGCUCUGGGACUCCAGUUCAGGAAAGGUUUCUGAUUUCACAUCUCAUUUCACCUUCACCAUCGAUACCCUUGGUGCACCGAAUUAUGGUCAUGGACUUGCUUUCUUCCUCGCUCCUGUUGGUUUCGAAAUCCCACCUAAUUCUGCUGGAGGCUUUUUAGGCCUAUUUAACACUACAACCAUGAAACCCUCUCAGAAUCAAAUUGUUUCAGUGGAGUUUGACUCUUUUCCAAAUCCAGAAUGGGAUCCAAAAGUUGAGCAUGUAGGGAUCAACAACAACUCGAUUGCUUCAGCUGUAUAUACACCUUGGAAUGCUAGCUUUCACAGUGAAGAUACUGCUGACGCGUGGAUUACCUAUAAUUCUACCAAUAGAAAUUUGAGUGUGUUUUGGACUUACAAGACAACCUCAAAUCCUCAAGAGAAUUCUAGUCUGUUUUACAUAAUCGAUCUUAGUAAGUUUUUGCCUGAGUGGGUCACUGUUGGCUUCUCAGCUGCUACAGGUCAGAACGUCGAACAGCAUAGGCUUCUAUCUUGGGAGUUCAAUUCAACUUUGAAUGUUAAGGAUACGAAUGGUAAGAGUUCAAAGAGGAGCAGAAUUAUAAUUGGUGUCAGUGUUUCGGUACUUGUUCUGGCAGCCGGGGCGAUCACAGCAUCCGUGAUUUUGUGGCGGAGGAAACAAAUUAAGACAAGAAAAAGAUCAGCAGAGACAAUGACCGCGACAUCGAUUAAUGAAGACCUUGAAAGAGGAGCAGGACCAAGAAGGUUUUCUUAUGCUGAUCUAGUUUCAGCUACAAACAACUUCUCAGGUCAGAGGAAGCUAGGUGAAGGAGGGUUUGGUGCUGUUUAUAGGGGAUACUUGAAUGACAUGAACAUGGCAGUUGCAGUAAAGAAAAUUUCAAAGGGUUCUAGACAAGAAAUUGCUAGUGGAAGAAAGGCAAACGACCCCAUUGAUAAAAAAUCUGAUAUGAGCUUGGUUGAGUGGAUUUGGGAUCUUUAUGGAUGCCAAAAUCUUAGUUUGGCCAUUGACAAAAGACUUGAUCUUACGAAUUUUGAUGAUGAGAUCAAACAAGCAGAGCGUUUGAUGAUUGUUGGAUUAUGGUGUGCCCACCCUGGCCACAAUUUGAGGCCGUCGAUAAGACAAGCAAUUCAUGUCUUAAAUUUUGAAGCUGCAAUACCAAAUCUGCCUGCAAAGAUGCCUGUCCCUGUGUUUCAUGCGCCUCUGCCCUCCUUUAGUUCUUCUGACCCUGCUUCAAUAACUAAUACAAGCCUUGACGCAGGGCGUUAA